GGGGGGGACCUAGAAAACAUCAGUCUUGAACUUCUUCCUCUUCGAGAGCUCGGGCUGCAAAGGAAACCUCCUUUGUUUUUGUUAUUUAUAUGCUGUCAAGUUUUGAAGUGGUCACAGGGAAAGCUUGGCCUGGAUUGUGAGAGCCAUAUGGAACGGAUAAGUGCGGAGCCUCUCUCAAAUGUGAUCUUUAGAGGCGGGACUGAGUAUGGAUCAUUUGAACGAGGCAACUCAGGGGAAAGAACAUUCAGAAAUGUCUAACAAUGUAAGCGAUCCGAAGGGUCCACCAGCCAAAAUCGCGCGCUUGGAACAGAAUGGGAGCCCACUAGGAAGAGGAAGACUUGGAAGUACAGGAACUAAAAUGCAAGGAGUGCCUUUAAAACACUCUGGACACCUGAUGAAAACUAAUAUUAGAAAAGGAAGUAUGCUUCCAGUUUUCUGUGUAGUGGAACAUUAUGAAAAUGCCAUUGAGUAUGAUUCUAAGGAGGAGCAUGCAGAAUUUGUCUUGGUGAGGAAGGAUAUGCUUUUCAACCAACUGAUUGAAAUGGCAUUGCUAUCACUUGGAUAUUCUCACAGCUCUGCUGCCCAAGCAAAAGGGCUUAUCCAGGUUGGAAAGUGGAAUCCAGUUCCGCUCUCCUAUGUGACAGAUGCCCCUGAUGCUACAGUAGCAGACAUGCUUCAAGAUGUGUAUCAUGUGGUCACACUGAAAAUCCAGUUACACAGUUGCCCUAAACUAGAAGACUUGCCUCCUGAACAAUGGUCUCACACAACAGUAAGAAAUGCUCUGAAGGACUUACUGAAGGAUAUGAACCAGAGUUCAUUGGCCAAGGAAUGUCCCCUUUCACAGAGUAUGAUUUCUUCCAUUGUGAACAGCACUUACUAUGCAAAUGUCUCAGCAGCAAAAUGUCAGGAAUUUGGAAGGUGGUAUAAACAUUUCAAGAAGGCAAAAGAUAUGAUGGUUGAGAUGGAUAGCCUUUCUGAACUAUCCCAACAAGGUGCCAACCAUGUCAACUUUGGUCAGCAGCCAGUCCCAGGGAACACAGCCGAACAGCCUCCAUCCCCUGUUCAGCUUUCUCAUGGCAGUCAACCGUCAGUUCGGACCCCGCUUCCAAACCUGCACCCCGGACUUGUAUCUACUCCCAUUAGCCCUCAGCUGGUAAAUCAGCAGCUGGUAAUGGCCCAGUUGCUGAACCAACAGUAUGCAGUGAACAGACUUCUAGCCCAACAGUCCUUAAACCAACAGUACUUGAACCACCCUCCUCCUGUCAGUAGAUCGAUGAACAAGCCGUUGGAGCAGCAGGUCUCAACCAACACAGAGGUGUCUUCCGAAAUCUACCAGUGGGUCCGUGACGAGCUGAAACGAGCAGGAAUCUCCCAGGCAGUAUUUGCACGUGUGGCUUUUAACCGAACUCAGGGCUUGCUCUCAGAAAUCCUCAGAAAGGAAGAGGAUCCCAAGACUGCCUCACAGUCCUUACUGGUAAACCUUCGGGCUAUGCAGAACUUCUUGCAGCUGCCAGAAGCUGAACGAGAUCGAAUUUACCAGGACGAAAGGGAGAGGAGCUUGAACGCAGCCUCUGCAAUGGGCCCUGCACCACUCAUAAGCACACCACCCACCCGGCCUCCACAAGUCAAAACUGCUACUAUUGCUACAGAGAGGAAUGGAAAACCAGAAAACAAUUCCAUGAACAUUAAUGCUUCCAUUUAUGACGAGAUUCAGCAGGAAAUGAAGAGAGCUAAGGUGUCUCAAGCACUGUUCGCGAAGGUUGCGGCAACCAAAAGCCAGGGGUGGCUCUGUGAGCUGUUACGUUGGAAAGAAGAUCCUUCACCAGAGAACAGGACCCUGUGGGAGAAUCUCUCCAUGAUCCGAAGGUUCCUCAGUCUUCCUCAGCCUGAACGUGAUGCCAUUUAUGAACAAGAGAGCAAUGCAGUUCAUCACCAUGGUGACAGGCCUUCCCACAUUAUCCAUGUGCCAGCAGAACAGAUUCAGAGCCCCUCUCCCACCACCCUUGGGAAAGGAGAGCAUAGAGGCGCUUUCUUACCAGGCCUGCUGACUGCUGGACCUUGGCUGGGUGCUGCUCCACAGCAGCAGCAGCAGCAACAGCAACAGCAACAACAGCAGCAGCAACAGCAACAGCAACCAGGUCCCAGACUACCCCCAAGGCAACCUACAGUAGCAUCACCAGCUGAAUCCGAGGAUGAGAAUCGCCAGAAAAGCCGCCCACGAACAAAGAUUUCUGUCGAAGCCCUUGGGAUCCUACAGAGUUUCAUACAAGAUGUAGGCCUGUAUCCAGAUGAAGAAGCAAUCCAGACUCUCUCCGCUCAGCUUGACCUGCCCAAGUACACCAUCAUCAAGUUCUUUCAGAACCAGCGGUAUUAUCUCAAGCACCACGGGAAGCUGAAGGACAAUUCUGGCUUGGAGGUGGACGUCGCAGAGUACAAAGAGGAAGAGUUGCUCAAGGAUUUAGAAGACAGCAUCCAAGACAAAAACGCAAACACGCUUUUUUCAGUGAAACUAGAAGAAGAGCUAUCAGUAGAAGGGAACACAGAGACCAACGCCGAACUGAAAGACUGAUCUAAGAGUAUUCUUCUCCUUUCAACAGUGCCACUCGCUAUUUCCUAACGAAACGAAAAGUCCACCUUGCGUUCUGUCAAAAAAAAAAACAACCCCACCCAAACCCUUUAUUAUUCAUUGUUUGGCCAAUGAAUCUUCCCAAACUUGCACAAAAGUUGACAAAAGAGGAUAAUGCAGACUGCACUAGAUGUUUUAACUCUGUUUUACAGCCUGCUUCGCGGCAACAGAUGAAGCGUCGAGGAUUGUUUGGUAUUCAUUUGUGUUCACUGGAUACACUGUGAGUGUACCCAAUAAGCAUGAUACCAGUGAUUUUUGAUUCUGGAGCCUUCAGACAAAAGCAUUACAACUUUUGUGAUUUACUGUUUUGUUUUUUGGUUUUGGUUUUUUGUUUCGGUUGUUUUCGUUUCUGUUUCGUUCUCGUUCGUUCGUUCGGUUUGUCUUUAAUUAUUAUUCUUAUUAACCGUAGCACUCCACACUUGAUCUUUGGAAACUCACAUUUAUUUAAAAAAGAAAAUCAUUAAAAAAAAAAAAAAAAGAAUAAAAAUAAAAAUAAAAAUUAAAAAAAAAUAAAAUAAAUGAAAGAAAAUAAAAAAGAGAGUUUGUUACUCUUCUUCUAUUGUAUGUUACAAAAGAACUAUAGACUGUGGAAUGCAGUUGAAAGAUAACAUAUGCCAACAAAUGCCUUGUAUUAUAUGGCACUGCCGUAAGUCAGAUUUGUUUUCUUUUGGAAGUAAAGGUCACUGUAAUUUUGUUGUUUGGUUUUGUUUGUUUGGUUUUUUUUUCCCUGUCUGUUUGGUUUGGUUGUUUGUUUUUUUUUUCCAUUCUCAUUGUUACAUGGUUUUAAAGAAAAUGACAAAAAAAAAAAGAGAGAGAGAGAGAAAGAAAAAAAAAUGUGAAACACAAUUUAGUCCUCAUUAUUUAUUUGUAGAUCCUGCAGCAUCAUGUUGUAAUUAAUUUUUUUUUUUGAGGGGGGAGGGGAGGGGAAGAGGGGAGGAGUUUUCUGUUAAAUGUAAUAUUGCUUCUCUUGUUAUCAUACUGAUUUUUCUUUUUUCUAUUUAUAAAUGUAUUUUGAUGGGCAGUAAAACAAAGUGUCUUAAAAGUUUUAAAUAGAGAAAAUGUGCUUUACACAGUUGCCUAUAAAAAGUGCUCUAUGUUAUCCAAGCAAUUCAUACUAUAAGCUUCACUCUUAUUGUUGUAUGCAAUUUUUACUAUCAUGCAAAUAAGCUUAGGUAAAUAAAACUAAUAGAUCACCUUAGAAACUUAUGCAAUUAAUGUGAAAAUAAUUGAUGUUUGCAAUGUGUCUUCCUUUGGUUUACAAUCAAUUUGAAAGCUACAGCUGUAUAAAUUUUCUGUAUAAAGGUGUAUUUCUUUUUUAUGAGUUUAUUGCUAUGAAAACACCAGUUAUUUUGUUACAGCUGGCUGUUUUUAUAAGUGUAUCACAAUUUUUUCUUUAUGCAGAAAUGUUCUGACUAGGAGUGGUUAUUGACUGUAACUACACAAUUAAAAUUGUUUGUAUGGUAUGAUAUGGCA